AAUAAAGAAAGAAAUUAAAAAAAUAAGAAUAAAAAUAAAAAAAAACCCCAAAUCUGAACCAAAUCUCAAGAAUAUUCGAAUAUAGGGCUUCGAUAAGCCCAUUUCGGUUUGAAUUAUAGUUAAAAUUGGUUAAAUUUCCGCUCAAAAAGCUUCCACGAAAUAUAGAGAUUUUUGGUGCAAGGUUUUUUUCGUUUUUAAUCUUAUAGGACCGUCAGGAAGAUCUAUACAUCGAUAAUGAAGUUUCUAGAGUAUACGCCCUUGGAUCGAUUAAAUGUGUUUUUGAGUCGUUUAAAUCUUGGAGAGCGUACGAUCAAAGGUUGUCUUGAAGCUUACUCUUGCAAACACACUGGAACGGACAAAAAGCUAUCUCUGAGUUUGGAGAAUGAGAUCCUUGAUUAUCUUGGGAAAUCUUCAGACACCGACUCUUCCUCACCAGCUGAACUCCUUUUAAGCAGAUCAAGCCGAAAAACACUGGUCUACCUGGUACUAACACUCUAUCACAUUUAUCCAGACUAUGAUUUCAGUGCUGUGAACGCUCAUCAAUUCUUCACAGAAGAAAGCUGGGAUGGGUUUAAGCAGAUAUUUGAUACCUAUAUGUUUGAAGCAUCAAAGGAAUGGAUUGAGACAAGCGAGGGAGGCUCCCUGUUGGAUGCCUUGUACAAGGUUCUGGAUGAGGUUGUAAAAUUGGCAGAAUGUGAAAUUUAUAGUUACAAUCCAGACUCCGAUGUGGAUCCUUUUCUUGAGAGAGGAGCCAUAUGGUCAUUCAAUUUCUUCUUCUAUAAUAGAAAACUUAAGCGAGUUGUGAGUUUCCGUUUCUGCUGUUUAAGUAACAUUGUAGCUGAUGGAUUUCUCAUGGAUGAACUCCGAUAUGAGGAAGACGAAGAAAUAUUCAAUGACAUGGACAUAUGAAGGGAAGACUCUGUUAGUAGUACUGUUAAUAUGUCAAGACUUGUUGACUUCCAUCUCUAGCUAUGUAACCAUAUCCGCUGUACCCAUAUAUCUCUUUGGUGGUAUAAUCUGGUUUAGUAUGCUCGCCGUUUCUACACACUCCUGUAGGUAGGAAUGUUGUUUUGUUAUGUACAGGUCUAAUUUCUCUUUAGGCUUGUGAUUAUCGUAGUAAAGUUCAUAGUUUGUAGGAGAGAUUUCUUAUAUGUAUAAUAAGCCAAAGAAUUGUUGUUCCAAAAUUCGCAUUUGUAUGUACUUUAAAAGCUUGACAGCUUUUUGUUUAUCUUGAACCCAAGAGAAAACGAAAUAUGUAGAAUUAUUGUUGUUUUUAUUAUUA